GAGGUGCGGACGCGUCCGUGGUCCGGGGUCGCGCGCGGUGUCGAUUCUCGGUAAUGAGGCCGUCUUUCCCGGUUCCGUGUAGACGCGAGCGCAGUGCCAGUGCGAGAUAAUGCCGAGGAACAGCGAUGGGUAACCUAGCGACCGCGGCGAGACUCGGCGCCGUGCUCCUGCCCUGUCUCCUGGAUUACGCGCUGGCGAGGGACGAGGUGCGAGCGUGCGUGGAGGAGCCCGGGGGGUGCGUCCGCUGCAGGGGCGGCUCGUGCGCCCGGUGCGCCAUCUUGUUGCACCGGGGCGCAUGCGUGGACGCGUGUCCGGCCGGACACACGGCCGAUUGGUCGACUCGGGACGAAUACAUGGGCCGGAUAUGCAGAGAGACCGAGUACGCCUUUGGCUUGACCGGCAGUCAGGUCGCCGUCCUCGUGGUGGUCGCUUCCGGGGCCACGAUAUGCAUCUUCAUCAUCCUCUGCGGGGUCGUCGUCGUACACAGGAGGAAGCGAAAGGCCGCCAAGACGAUGCAGCGCUUCGAAGACAGCGCCGAAAGGAGGGAAUUCCUUAAACAUCUGGCUACCCUCAGGGGAGAGGGGAACACUUUCCUGGCCAUGCUGAAUGACACCAGAAGGCAGGUCAGGGAACUCUACUACUCCGGCAGCAAUGGCGAUGGAGCCGUUGGCAUUCAAGCUUACAGGCCCGUGCUGAGGGAUCUCGCCAGGAUCUUGGUCCUCGUGAACAGAAGGGACGAGGAGAUAGCUGUUCCCCCAGAGGAUUGGCAGAGACUCCUCGCCUGGGCGGAGAGACUUCUCAGGAGAUACAAGAGGCACAGCUCGCCGGAAGUGGCCCAGCUGGUGACGUUCCUGCAGCAGCCGGCGUCAUCUUCGGCCCAGCCUCCGGCGCAGCCGAUCGCGGUCCAGCGACCGGGGCAGACCUACGAGCCUAGAUCCACUCCUACUAAUUUAACAACUUUCCAAGCGAACGCGCCCUUGACGACUUUCCAAGCGAGCGACAAAUCCAGCAUCAGCCCUUCGAGCUCCAGCCUGGGCUACACGAAGGACAGCCCGGUAGGUUCGAGUUUAGGCCAGAAUAGCUCCAUCGUGUACAACGAGAAGUUGAGUCCAAAUGGCUCGACGGUGGGGCAGACGACCCCCCUGGUCUAUGGGAACCAGAAGAGGUCCCAUCACGUCGGCUCGCACCUCCAGGAACUGGCGGUGUCCGCCUUCAAGAGGAGCUACGCCGAGGGAUCGCCGCUGCCGAGGAGCGACCUCGAAAACCCUGAAGACGUGGUGGAGCCCAACGGCCUCGUCAGAGAUCUGAACCCGCAAUGGGAGUUUCAGACCACCAUGGAAGCCGCUAACUAUACGAUUCUGUCCGACUGGUCGCCAGGUCGAGACUACCUCAUAGACGACUUUACGAUCCUGGGACUCAGGCCGCAGGAUGAGAUCACCACGGAGUUGUGAUGUCCUGGAUUUAAAGUUGGGUGGCUUGAGUUGUUGGCUUUAAAUGUCAAUGGUCAGACUCGAAAUCGGACCGUACAAAGGUACUUGAAGUAUCACAGUUCACCAGGAAUUGUACCAAGCGUUCUCAUAAUGAGGUUUCCCAGUUAUCGAUGAAAAUUGCCCAUUGUAUCAACGCAUCGGUUGAUCAUCUGGUCAUCAAGACUAUCUCAUAAAUAUCUGCAUUUCCUGAAAUGACAUCAAGUUGAUUCAGAUGGGAAUCUUUCAUUAUGAUCUGCAAUAAAUACCUACAUAAUUUAUGAACGCAGCGAGAUUUGUUCGUAACUUGAAAGCUCGAAUCACAUGGUCGGAGUAAUUGAUGAUCGAUGUAAAAAGUGGCACAGUGUAGAGAUGACUUGCUGUUCGAUUGAUCUGUCAGUCAGAAUUUUUAGUGUAAUUAUAAAUGAUAUUUAGGAAGAAGUGUAGUGAAAGUUAAACCGUGACCUGUGAUUCGACUCGAUUGGGGUUAUGAUGACUUAAUAACGUGGUAUCUGUGAGGUGCAAAAAAUUAGUGGGUCAUAUAGAAACUACAGAAGUAUGUUACAUGCAAAUACUCGAUUUGAACUAUUGCCGAGCCAUUGAAAUAUAGUUAAUAUACUAUCGUAACACACAACGGAACUAAAAAGUUUACGAUGAGCUUUUUCAAACCAUACUCAAAGCUCAUAAUUAUGUCACGUAAAGUUGACAGGUCUACUGGAAAAGGACUGAACGUUUACAAUUGUUAUUAUUUAUGUCGUCAGAUCUUUUUACAAUCAAACUGGUACUCUUUGGCUCUCCAUAAACUAAUUUAUUGAAGAAAAUUUGUUUAAUUUGGUAUAAUUAAAUUAACUUUGCAAUCUCACGAUCGAAGCCUCGCGAGGACGUGGAUUGAUAAUAGUACAAAGAGAAAUCGUAUUCUUAUGGAAUCUCGGGGGAUGAUAUAAAUAAUUCUUGUAUUAUUAAUUAUAUUUACCAAGACUCACGAUAAGUCGCCGCGAUUGAAUGGAAUUAGACGCGCGUGUCAUACGCAUGGAAGCAGGAUUUGCAAAGGCUCAAGUUCCGAAAUAAGUUUUUCAAGAGAUUAGAGUUGGGUCAUUAAUCAUAAAUCAUUAAGCAUAUCAUUAACAAUCAAGAGAUUUGAGCGGGGCCAUUAAUCAUAAAACAUUAAGCAUAUCAUUAACUAUCAGCUCGACUCGAUCCUUAGAAGACUUAAGUUUGCAUUCCCAAUUUGUAAGAAAAAGACACUCUUGCCUUUUUAACACUGUAAACAUUUAUUAACAAUCUAUUUCAUCCAGUAACUGGAUUUAUCUUAAUAUACAAAAACAUCAAAAUUUAACUUCCACUGCCAAUCAUCAUUUCGGAAUACCUGAGUAAAUUAAAAAAUUAUUUCUUUUGAAGUAUCAACAUUUUACGUAAUCCUGAGUGUACUGUACAAAAUAUUGAAACAAAAAUGUGUACAAGUCAUUCCGAUCAUGACUUUAAGGACGAAUCCUUGUGGCAAGUACUCGUGGUACUUUUUUAAUUUCCCCAAAAGCCGUAAAAAGGUGUCGAUUGUUAUUAUAAAUAAUAUAAAGGCGACCCCAUUGUCAAAGACCCUUUCGAGAUUUCUCUCUCGCGGAUGAGGAGAAUAGGAUGAAUUUAAAAGGAUACCAAAUGCCUGUAGAAACGUUGUAUAAAUAUUGGUUCUUAUUUAAUUAUCCCGACGAUUGUAUUAUUGUAUAUUUUAGCGCACUAGUCAAGGCGCGUCCGAUUGUUAACGAGGAAAGGAUUAUUCUUUCCCACUAUUGUUCGAACAGUUCAAUGAAAGUUCAACUGAUUUCACGUGCCAUGGCUUCUUGACAAAUGUUGACUAUAAAAUUCGUCCGUCUCUGGAAAGGAAUACAAACAAGUUUCGUUAGUGUUAAUUAGGUAUAAUUUCUUUGAUCCUCAAAGCGAUCGGACUACAUCCUUGACAAGUUGCGAUCAGAGCUGAGUAAAAUAAUUAUAUAAAUAGUAUUUUGUUCAGUGUAAAUGAAAGGAUAAAGUGCUAAUUUAAGUAAUACUUUACCCAGUCCUGAGUACGAUGAGUACCAUUUAGAGUACCAAUGGUAUGAGUACUAACGUACCUCCAUGACCUACGGUCAUACUUGUACAAAUUCAUUGUAAAUAAUGGUUAAUACUUUAAUGCAAGUGGCAGCGACUAUCGGAUAUAAUAAUAUAUGCAUACGACUCUGUAAAAAGA